UUUCCUUUGGGCAAGAUUCCCGGCAUGCUGUGCAGCCACGUCCUCUAUUGGUCCGUGUCCGUCAACGACGCCGUGGAACUGGGGUCUCGCGCCGAAGACUUCGACUACACCUGCAGGGGUCUAGACAGCGUCGCCGACCUCAAACGGCGCUUUAUUGCCAUGAAGGUGCACCUGGUGCUCAGUACUAUGGGCCCCAAAGAAAGCGCACGGCUCUCGGAGAUCGCCAGUAACGUCAAACGGCGGAGCAAGUUGCUCUCCCAGCUGAGGGCGUGGGCACUACGCUACGACUUCGACGGCGUCUUCGUCGCCUGGGGCGCGCCACGCGAAGCCAAUCGAACGGCGGCGCUCUUCCGCGCGCUAGUCGAGGACCUGAGGCCGCGACUGCACAUCGGCGCCAUUUUGCCCGCGUCGCGGGAGGCACUCAGUAACUACGACCUCGAAGAAGUAUUUGCCACCGUGGACUGGGUCGUGGCCACGACGCACGGCUUCUAUCCGGGAAAAUACUGGAAUUGGACAUCUUGUUCUAGCCCAUACAAGGACGGAAAACACGAAUCCAUCCAGCAGCUUCUGCGCUACUACUGGAACAGACUGAACGACCAGAUAGACCCGAGCAAGUUCUGCUUCACCAUCUCUCCGGCGGCCGUCGGCUACAAGGUGCCGCAGGAGGGGCUCUCGCUCGGCAUGUCGGCCAAGGGACCGGGCAACAUCCACGGCGAGUCGCGCGACCGCGGCAUGCUGCGCUACGGCCAGGUGUGCCGCGACGAAGCACAGGCGGCCAAAGACCUCUCGGGACUGUGCCUGUACGCGCGCUACGGUGGGACGUGGGUGGCGUUCGAGAACGCAAAGUCCAUCAGCGCCAAGGUGAAGAGCAUCAUGCGCUGGCUAUCCGAGGUCAGGCACGUGGCCAACAAGAGCGCCGCUUACUGCAUGGCCGUGUGGGACCUGGACCUCGACGACCAUCUGUCCCAGUGCGGGGGCCAACCGUUCCCGAUAGUUGAAGCCGCAAUACGAGAACUACCGUGAUGUGUAGCUUUGUGCGAUCGAUGAUGAUACCGGCAUCCUGCUGCCGCGAUAAACUACGAGACUUCGCAGCUUCCUCUAUUCUGUCGAAUUAUUAUUGUGGUGGUAGCAUGUUUGACGUCAUCCUUAUUUAAGGCUCACUCUAGGGAACGGGUUGCUACGUUUUUCUUAUGCAGCACGAAAAUAGAGCCCGUUAUAUGCGCAAUCUAGACUGUCCUUAACCUUGCUAUACGAUAUCUCGUGCUUAAACCAGCCAGAAGGAGGCUCGUGUGCCCGUAGUAUAUUCUUGUUCGUUGUCUUAAGCAUUUUAUGAAACUUGUGUAGACACACCAGGUGUGACGUCAGGGCGCGCAACUAUGGUGUGUGGGAUGCUGACCGCUUAUUUGUACGACUGAAUGUUUCGAGCGUAAUGAAUGCAUAUAGUCAGUACAAAUAUUUUGAUAAAGCGUGCCUCUAAGUCGUUUCUCGUGCUUUC